CCGUUGCAGUCCGGCGCGACACUCGGUGGCCGCGCUCGCUCCCCUCAGGACCCCAUGCAGGCCCCGCCCCGACUCGUCUCUCACAGACUCUCGCGAGGUUUGAGGCCGCAGGGCCGGCCCGGGAGGCUGCAAUAUGGCGGAGGCGGAAGGGGAGACCCUGGAGUCCUGGCUGAAUAAAGCCACCAAUCCUUCUAACCGCCAGGAGGACUGGGAAUACAUAAUUGGCUUCUGUGAUCAGAUCAACAAAGAGCUUGAAGGGCCACAGAUCGCAGUCCGACUGCUGGCCCACAAGAUCCAGUCUCCGCAGGAAUGGGAGGCGGUCCAGGCCCUGACGGUGCUGGAAGCAUGUAUGAAGAACUGUGGGAGGAGAUUUCAUAACGAAGUAGGGAAGUUCCGUUUUUUGAAUGAGUUAAUCAAAGUCGUCUCUCCAAAGUACUUCGGGGACAGGGUGUCUGAAAAAGUGAAGACCAAGGUUAUCGAGCUGCUUUAUAGCUGGACGAUGGCCCUGCCGGAAGAAGCAAAGAUCAAAGAUGCCUACCAUAUGUUGAAGAGGCAGGGCAUAGUGCAGUCUGACCCGCUGAUCCCUGUGGACCCAACGCUGAUCCCCUCUCCACCACCUCGUCCCAAAAACCCCGUUUUUGAUGAUGAGGAGAAAUCCAAGCUUUUAGCCAAGCUGCUGAAAAGCAAAAACCCAGAUGACCUGCAAGAGGCCAACAAGCUCAUCAAGUCCAUGGUGAAGGAAGAUGAGGCGCGGAUCCAGAAAGUGACCAAGCGUCUGCACACUUUAGAGGAGGUUAACAACAACGUGAAACUGCUCAACGAGAUGCUGCUGCACUACAGCCAGGAGGACUCCUCGGAGGGGGACCGAGAGCUCAUGAAGGAGCUCUUUGAUCGGUGUGAGAAUAAGAGGCGGACGUUAUUUAAACUGGCCAGUGAGACAGAGGACAAUGACAACAGUUUGGGGGACAUCCUACAGGCCAGUGACAACCUCUCCCGGGUCAUCAACUCUUAUAAAACCAUUAUUGAAGGGCAGGUCGUCAAUGGUGAGGUGGCCACCUCACCCAUGCCUGACUCUGAAGGAAACCACCUCUCCAGUAACCCAGGCGCUCUCAUUGACCUUGCUGAGUUGGAUGCACCCAACAGUUCGUCCCCAGUGUUGGUGCCAGCAUCUGCCCCACCCUCCUCAGGCAUCCCUGUCCUCCCCCCACCCCCCCACACCUCUGGCCCUCCACGCAGCUGCUCAUCCAGCCAGGCCGAGGCCCCCCCAGGGCCCAACUGCACAAGCAACACUCUCUCCUUGCUGGACGAGGAGCUGCUCUGCUUGGGCCUCACUGACCCAGCCCCUAGUGCUCUUCCCAAAGAUUCAGCUGCCAAUAGCCAGUGGCACCUGUUCCAGAGUGAACAGGCCGACCUGGACUUCUUCCCCAAGCCGGGGACUGCUGCCAGCUGCUCCUCAGCCCCCACCUCGAGCAACUCCCAAGCUCCCCUGCCGCCUCCCUUUCCAGCUUCUGUGGUCCCUGCCAGCAUUCCUGCCCCUUGUGUGGGCUCCUUAUCGUUCUCAACAGGACUGGCCUCAGCUGUGGCCCCAGAAGCUGGGCCUGCAGCCCCUGGGUACCAUGGCUCAGCAUUGGGUGGCAGCACCUUGCACCAUCUGGAUGCCCUCGAUCAGCUUCUGGAGGAGGCCAAAGUGACCUCGGGCUUGGUGAAACCUGCCUCCUCCCACUUCUCCCCUGGGGCUACUGCCCCCCCUCUGAUCCCCACCACCACCAUCCCGUCCAGGCCUCUCCUGCCCUUCUCCACGGGGCCCAGCAGCCCUCUCUUCCAGCCACCGGCCUUCCAGUCCCAGGGCAGCCCCAUGAAGGGGCCCGAGCUCUCCCUGGCCAGUGUCCACGUGCCCCUGGAAUCAAUCAAGCCUAGCAGUGCCCUCCCUGUGACAGCCUAUGAUAGACACGGCUUCCGCGUCCUCUUCCACUUUGCCAAGGAGUGUCCACCAGGACGGCCUGAUGUGCUGGUGGUCGUCGUGUCCAUGCUCAAUACGGCCCCCCUGCCUGUCAAGAGCAUUGUGCUGCAGGCCGCAGUGCCCAAGUCAAUGAAAGUGAAAUUGCAGCCACCCUCUGGGACAGAUCUCUCUCCAUUCAGCCCCAUCCAGCCACCUGCAGCCAUCACUCAGGUCAUGCUGCUGGCCAAUCCACUGAAGGAGAAGGUGCGGCUUCGGUAUAGGCUGACCUUCACCCUGGGGGAGCAGCUGAGCACAGAGGUGGGCGAGGUGGACCAGUUCCCUCCUGUGGAGCAGUGGGGGAACCUAUGACCUCAAAGGACGCUGUGAUCUCCAUUUUGAAGCCCCGAGAGAGGGAGUUCCGGUCAGCGCUCCACGUCCUGAUGUGGAACAGGGGCCCUGGGCAUUUCUGCUGGGAGCCAAGCUGCUGCUGUGAGAUAAUCUCCUUCAACCCCUAAAAGGACCUGUUUUUAUCUACCUGUGUGACUUGAAGUGGCCAUACACCGUCAGGGUGGGGAGGAGUGGCCCCUGACUUCACUACUGUUCUGGGAACUCGGGCCCAAGGCUUGGGGUAGGUUUUUCCCUUUCCUUAAUGGCAUUCCCUGAUGCCCCAGGGGGGUGGUCUCUAAAGAGAGAUUAUCUGCCCCCUCAAGGACCAAGUCCUCACAUCCACCCACGGCACGGCUUGGAGGCCUCUGUGCUUCCCCUGCUGGCAGGUUCCUGCUGCCACCUCCAGUGAUGGGGGCAAACCCAGUGGCCCAGUUGUUAUCUGCAGAUUCGCCAACCCUGCCUUCUGUGGGCAGCCGCAUCCUGGAAUGACCACUGAAUGAUGAGUUGUGCACUUGUCCCUGUGGAUGGCAGGCUGUGUCCUAUGGACAUAGCAGGACAUGGGACUCAUCCUAGUAGAAACAGAAUGUGGUCUCAUGACAACUUGAACUAGGGAUGGGAAAGAAAAUGAA